AAUGAUCGUCAGUGAAGAGCGAAGAAGGUAUGGACAGAGUAAGCCAAGUCUCAGUGAGAAUGAUAAAAUCAUAUUCUGAUUUUGAUAGCGACAGGCAAAGAUUUGUAGUUUUCGUUCGUAGACCACGUACAUUUUGGUAGUAGAUAGAGAGACUGGGAUGAGCUGAGCGAGGUGCAUCGCCGGAUGCAGUGAAAGAUUGCUAUUCAUCUGACGGGCCAGCGUCAGCUGAUUCAUCAGUCCGUUUAGCGUUUCCGCGCUUCGGUCUUUUUUUAGGCGCGGCUAAGCAUUCCGGAGGCGACCUGGUAGGUGUGGUAGUGACAAGCAUUCGUUCAUUAAGGUCCUGUUGUGGUUCGGUUGUAAACAAAGCUGCAUCUGUGGUGGUCAUAUCAUAUGAAGUCGCAACAGGCUGCGCGGGCGGAUCUGUAUUGGCAGUUGGUAUCGGAGUGCUCAAUCCAAACCGUGGGAGAGGAUUACGAUAAGUGUCUGUAGUGAGAGUGACAGGGUGAUCAAGUGUAGGUUGAAGCAUCGAACUUGUAUCGGCGGCUGCGAGAGCAUUAGUGUUAAUAUUAUUGGUCCGGUAGUCACGGAACUCACGGUACGUUAGAGCGGAGGGCCAUGUCUCAGGUGAGAGAGCCUUGCUGCGUAGAGUGACUGGUAUGCCCACCUUAAAUGAGACAAAUGAGAGUGUACUGGUGUCAGCGCCAAAUUUCGUCAGACGGUGAACGAACACAUCCCGCUUGUCGAGUGCUAGACGUACUUGCACCAUGUGUGAGAUUUGCUCAGUGGUGACCGAUGGGGCAAAACGUGUAAAGAAUAGCCACAUUCGCGUGUCAGUGUGUGGAAUGAUAUCCAAUGAAUCCGAGUCAAGCGGCGAUCCGGAUUAUCAAGGAUAAUGGGGAACUUUGCCUUUGUGUUGAUAUGCGUAGGGCAAACACAGCCAUAGUAAGAGAAAGACACCUAAUGCCAACAAUAGAAGAUUUUCUUCCGCGAUUUUCUGCAACCAAAUUAUUCACUCGGCUGGAUAUAAAGGAAGCAUUCCAUCAGGUGGAAUUGCAUAAGGACAGUCGAUACAUCACCACCUUUAUUACCCAUAUAGGAUUGCAUAGAUACAAAAGGUUGAUGCUUGGCAUAGUCAUUGCGCCAGAAGUGUUCCAACAAAUAAUGGAACAGAUGUUUGCCAUGGUUAGUAGGAAUGUCGUUAAUUAUAUAGACGACAUAUUAGUGUUUGGAAAUACGAAAGAGGAACACGAUGAAAUGCUAAAAAGAGUACUUGGAAUAUUAAAAGAGAAAAGAAUCUUGCUAAACCAGGAAAAUGCAUUUUAAGGUUACAGCUGUUGAAUUUUUAGGGCAUAAAAUUUCAAACAAAGGCAUAGAACCUCGCGACAAGAAGGUAGAAGCACUGCAGAAAUUUCGAGCACCUUCAUCGACGGAAGAAGUUAGAAGUUUUUUAGGGUUGAUUACGUAUUUAGGCGGAUUCCUAGUUGAUUUAGCAACAAAAACAGCUCCGUUACGCGAACUGACCCAUGCAAAAUCCAGGUUUAUCUGGGGCAAACGGCAAGAAGAAGCAUUCAAGAAAUUGAAAGAGAUGGUCUCAGAUGUUAAGCUAUUGUGCUUCUUCGACAACAGCUUGAGAACUAGAGUGAUAGCUGACGCUUCACCUGUUGCGUUGGGAGCCGUGCUUGUUCAAUUUAACGGACCAACCGACAUUUAACCAAGAUCGAUAGCUUAUGCAAGCAAAAGUCUAACGUCCACCGAGCAACGCUAAUGUCAGACCGAAAGAGAGGCAUUAGCCCUGGUUUGGGCGGUAGAACGGUUCGCACCAUACUUGCUUGGCCGUCUUUUUGAAUUAGAGACGGAUCAUAAACCACUAGAGACCAUAUUCCUGCCGGCAGCACGGCCAUGCGUCAGAAUUGAAAGAUGGAUUUUAUGACUGCAAUCAUUUAGAUUUAUAGUAAAGUAUCGGAAAGGGAAAGGAAACAUUGCAGACCCAUUAUCCCGAUUGGUGGCAAACGAGAGAGAUGAGCCGUUUGAGGAAGAGAAUAAGUUUAUGAUGGGGGCGGUAUAGAAUCAACGGCUAUAGUCGUUGAUGAAGUGGAAGAGAGUGCUAGAGAGGAUGAAAUACUAGGGAAGCUAAAAAUGUGCUUACAGACGGGCAUAUGGACGGAAUCGGAGGUUAAAGCUUACAUACCAUUUAAAGAAGACAUAGGUAUGAUAGGGGAAAUGGGGGUCAAGGGAAAUAAGCUGGUAAUACCAACCGCACUGCGAGAGAGAAUGCUCGACCUGGAUAAUGCUAGAUAAUGCAAAACAAUUAAUUGGAACAGAACUAGAAGAGUUUAUCACGAGACAUGGGAUCCACCUCAACCACUCCACACCUUAUUGGCCGCAAGAAAACGGGUUGAUGGAGCGACAAAACAGGUCAUUGCUUAAAAGAUUAAAAAUAAGUUCAGCGCUAGGACGCGAUUGGAAAAUGGACCUUCACGAAUAUUUAAUGAUGUACUACACCACACCACAUUCGACCACGGGGAAAAUACCUACAGAGUUAAUGUACGGGCGAACGAUUAGAUCAAAGAUCCCAGCGAUUGAAGAUGUUGAAACAUCGGUAAGCCGAGAAGAUAUUCAGGAUCGAGACCGAACUAAAAAGUGGAAAGGGAAAGAAAACGAAGACAGGGAUAGAAGAGCUAGGGAAUCAACUAUAGAAGAAGGAGACACAGUCCUUGCGCAGAAUUUGAUACCUGGAAACAAAUUGCAAACCACGUUUAAUCCGACUGAAUUCGUGGUAUUAGAGAAAGGUUUGGGUGGUGGUGGUGCUUGGACCACAAUAACCGAUCAAGAGACAGGAAAAUUUUUCGUAAGAAAUUCAGCACACCUAAAAAAAUAGGCCAGUCAAACAAAGUACAGGAAAAUAGCAACGAAAAACAGGAAAAUAACGGGAAGGACUUGAGUAACAACGAGGGGAAGGAGUGAGGUGCCGAAACCAGCGGGAAAGGAAAGUUCCUCCUAAACUUAAUGAUUACGUAGUAGAAUAAGUUAAAAUAAACAAACUGUGAACUAAUUGAAAAAUAAUGUAAACAAAAACAAAAGGGAAUAAUGUGGUAAUACCCCAAAUGACAAUCGGACAGCAUCUCACUAUAGCGAGCCCGAUGACAGCUUGACGUUUUCAUACUGAGACGCUGCCUUUGGCUGCCUCCCCCGUACUGAGCGCGCAUUGUCUUUCUCAUCGCCAUGGUGAGCUGCAGAAGUUUGUAUGGUGAGCAUUCUGGCAGGCGCCAAAUUUUCUCAUGAGACGAUCUGGCGCGCUUCAUCGAUCGGAUGAGAUGCCUUACCACAUGAUAGUGAGGUCGGAUUUUGGAUCGGCUGCCGAUCUUGCUCAUGUGAGUAGAACUGCGUGCUGCAUGGUGAGGUGUGGGGUUGUGUGGUGUAUGUGGAUACCCGAUGGAGGUGAGACAUUCAGCCGCGGUAUUUUAAAGCGCCAAAACACUUGUUGUUCACGAACUGCAUGUGUCGCUCUGCGAAUCAAUUUACGUUUAUCUCGAAAUUUUCUAUAACGUUUUACAGCUUUAGGAGUGAUAAAGUUAUAAAAAAUUGCUGAACGAAUUUACGUUGCGCCAAAGCAAAACAAAAUUGAUUUUGCUCAUCGAAAAUUCGUUCAACAAAGCCAAACUGUUUUGAACAUUAAAAGAUCCGUAGAAGUGUUGUUUUUUUUUUAUUUGCCAUUUCAGACGGAAGAUUUAGUCGUCGAAAAUGUUCCCGAAAAAGUUAAAGCGAAGUGGAGAGCUUUAUAAAAAAGCCGCGAAACUGGAAGAGCAGUUUGAAAAGGAGUGGGCAUUGCAAAAUGAUCCUGCCGGACCCAGCAACCAGCCAGCAGCUCAGCAAUCUGCCGAGGAUGUUGCUAUGAAUGAACCCUGUGAAGGUCCUGUGGCAUCAAUGGAAGAGGAAUAUUUGGACGAAAACAAUACAGAUGACGAACGUGCUAGCGAUGAAGGAUCCAUCCACAACGAAGAUACUGAUGGCGAAGAGUAUUUAGAGGAAGAGUAUUUGGAGGGAGAGUUUUUGGAGGCAGAGUUUUUGGAGGAGGCGAGCCUGGAAACUGAUCCAGAAAGCGCGAAGCUACGAGACUCUUUGCGAACAUGGUUUAUUCGCAAUAAAGUUGCUCGUAGCGGGAGUAAUAAUUUACUAGGAAUACUGCGAAAAGCGUCUUCUCUUUCUGCUUUUUCAUCUCUUCCACAGGAUGUUAGGACAUUGCUGAAAGCUCCGGUUAACGUCAGCGAGCAGAUUACUAAGGUUCCUGGUGGAGGUGAAAUGUGGUACCAAGGCGUUGAAUGUUGUUUUCAACAUUAUUUUCGCGAUGUGGACGUACUAGAGGAUGUGUUUGAGCUGAAUCUUUCAGUAGACGGAAUACCAAUAUAUAACCGCAGCGCAAUACAGAUGUGGCCUAUACUAAUGCAGUUGCACAAUAUGCCGAAUGUUCCUGUUAUGGUGGUUGAAAUAUUUUGCGGCACUUCUAAACCAAACGAUGUUGAGCCUUUCCUGAGACCUUUGGUGGAGGAACUAAAUAGGCUUCAUGAUCACAAAAUGAACCUAAACGGCAAAAAAAUAACUGUUUCGGUUAGAGUCAUAAUCGCUGACUCGCCUGCACGCGCAUUUAUUAAACAAGUUUGCUACUACAACGGAGUACAUGGGUGUUUAAAAUGUAAAUGCUGUGGUACUUCCCUAAAAACACCAAAAAAAGUUAUUUUCGAGGAUACAACAGCUCCACCAAGAACAGAUAAGGAAUUUAGAGAAGAAAAACCCAGUUCUACAGGCCAUCGAAGAGGGAAACCCCUCUUACAGAUCUAAAAAAGUUCGACAUGAUAAAAGGUAUAGCUACUAGCGAUUUAUUACAUUUAAUACAAUUGGGUAUUGUUUUCAAGCUUCUGCUAGGCUGGGUCGAAGGAGCUCUUGCCCCCUUUAAAAAAUGGUGCAAAGAAGACAUAGAUGAAAUAUCAGAAGAGCUUAUAAGUAUACUGCUGCCCACAGAAAUUCAUAGGAAGUUUAGGUCUCUUAAUUAUCUUCAUUUUUGGAAAGGUACUGAAUUCGGCAGUUUUUUACAUUACGCAGGUAUAGUUGUUUUGCAAGAUAGAAUAGGUAGACUAGCAUACGAACAUUUUAAAUUAUUAUAUUGCGCUAUAACUAUAUUAUCAUCAUGGGCAUUUAAGGACCAGUGGGAGUAUGCCGGUACAUUGUUGAGGAAAUUUGUUGAGGAUUAUAGUGUUGUGUACGAUCGCAUACAUCUAGUGAGUAAUGUUCAUCUCUUGCUUCAUGUAUACGAAGAGGUUAACAAUUUAGGCCCUCUGAUUACUUUGUCAACACAUUCCUGUGAAAAUAUGUUACAAAUAAUCAAACAUAGUUACGUAAAAUCUGGCUACCGAAGUUUGCAUCAAGCGAUAGGAAAAAUUAUAUUGUUGCGAGACAUAGACACUGCAGCACAAAGAAACCAGGAAAGUAUGACGUAUCCUACACUUAAAGUAAAAAAGGAUGAGACAAUUUUGCAAGUUAGGCAAGGAUUUUUGUUAAGGAAAAAUUUUAAGGAUUCUUGGUUUUUAACAAAAAGAAAUAUCAUAGUUAAGUACGAAAAAGCCAUCGAGGAAUCAGGAUCAGUCGUUGUACAUGGGUAUCCUUUGGUAAGACGUUUUCAAGCCUUUACUACUCCUAUUGCCUCCGAUAAAAUCUAUAACUAUAUUGGAUACGAAAAUGACAUUUCAACAACGCUUCGAACUAUUCCAAUAACUGAUAUUAAAUGUAAAAUGGUAGCAAUUAAGACAAUACGAACAUGGGCUAAAGUACAUUAAUACAUACCUUAACAAAAAAAGCCUUGGUUAGGAUAUUCGAUUAAGUAGGUUAAAUAGGUUAGGUAGGUUAAGUAGGUUAAGUAGGUUAAGAAGGUUAAGUAGAUUAAGCUAUAGAUAUUAAGCAACCGAGUAGACCCGGUAUAAGGUCGGACUUAAUCCAGAGACAGAACUAAAUACUCUGUCUCAAAGUUGCCUUAAGAAUAUUGUAAAUUUACAAAUAAUGUUGAAAAAUGUAAGAUGUAUGUUCAAUAAAAAAAAUGUUUAUGUGAAUUGGAUAAAAAAGUAUGAAAUAUUCUGAGAAGAAUCUUGUAUAUAUUACGAUUAUUUAUACAGAGUUCAUAGUUAACAUUUUGAUUAAUUGUGAUUACAUUUUAAUACAAAAAACAGUAUAAGUUGAGGUAGCUUAAUUACUUCUUUAACAUAGUAAAGUUUUAACUUUGUACAUAAUACAUUAU